AAUGUAAAAUGUUCAGGCAAGGUGGCGUACUCUUUCCCAUCUUUGCUGAGUAUAAAAGCAUUUCUUUCUCAUUUGUGCCUCAGACGAGACUUGCUAUAAAACCAUGGAAAACUCUCAGCCUCUAGCCACUGCUAGUUAAUUUCUGAGCAAGUCUUUCCAAUUGCCUCCUCAGAUAAGACUCAAGGGUCUCCUUAAAACCAUGGACAACUCCCAACCCCUUGCAACAGACAGUUUUUCUUAUAGUUGGUUGAUAAACCAGGAGCCUUCUUUGGAUGGCCUUCUUGAAUCUCUCCGGCCAUCAGUUGAUUUUUCCAACGAAACAGUACCUAUGGUCCAUCACCUGAACAAAAUCUUCAAAGAUGACCAAGAGUUUGAUUUUAAUGUUACUCCAGGCUCUAGAUCUUCUCUUGCUCUUGUUGAUGCUGAUGAAAUAUUUGCUGAAGGAUGCAUCAAGCCAAUUUUUCCUAAUCGUAAUCGGACAAAGAUGCAGCCCUCAUUAUCAGUUCCUGCUACACCUCUCUCUUCAGUUUCUUCCAGAACUUUAUCUGUUUCUUCAGCUUAUCAGGGUAAAUAUUAUUCAAGCAGAAAAUGGACGAAAUCAUCCAACAAAGUCUUGCAGAGAUGUUUUUCACUUCUCAAGCCCUUCUGCCAGGGAUUUGGAUGGUCAAGAAAAAGCAUUAGGGUAGAUGAUUUAGACAGGAAAGUUUUGGAAGUUCAAAGUAGGAGCAAUUCACAGCAGGCAUCUCCAGAUCGACGAACUGCUUAUUCUGCUGCCAAUUGGGCCGCUGUGAAGCAAACAAGCAAUACACUUGAUGCUUGUAGGAGACUGCAGAACUCAGAAACUAAAAUCUUGAGCAAUUCACCGCAGGCCUCUACACCGCGAAGUCCAUCACACUAUACCGACUCUAGGCUUGAUAUUGAAAGCUCAAUUCAUGAAGCAAUUCUCCACUGCAAAAGAUCAUUUGCAAACCGAGAGACGUAGCUGUUACAUCAUGAGAGAAAGUGGAAAGGAUCAAGGAGCAAGGAGUGCUAGAAGUAAAUGCAUGCCAAAAGUUACGCCAUGAUGCUUAAAGAUGUUCAUCUUUUCUCCUUCUUCUUCUUCCUUUUGUAAGAUUGUACAUCCAAAUUUUUGUUUUUAGAAGUUCAUAAGCAUUGUGAACAAUCUUGAUUUGUUAACUUUGACACAGAAAGAGUAAAAUUUUCAUGCUUAUUUUCGUUUUCCA